CCCUUUAAAGUAACCCAUUAGACUCAGUUACCAACAUCAUUGGCCAAACAAUCUCUCUCAUCAUUUUGUUGGGUCAACCUUAGUUCAUUGUCUCACUUUCUCUUUCCUUUCUUGGUCAUGGCUUCUUUGGUUGAAUGGACUUAGAAUCCUUUAAACAUUCUUGGUGCAAAACUAUCCAUAUAUUUCUAUCUUUGUAUAAGUCUUUUAUAAGCUUCAGGGUCAACUUGUUACUGUUCCUCAAGAUUUGUUUCUCUCACAAGCUUGCUAUUUUGAGUGGUUUCAUCUUCAAUCUCAAAUCAAAGGGUGACCAUAUUAAGUCAACCAAUCCAUUGACUCAAUUGAAGCCUUUGAUUUACUUGAGGUCAUGGAUAAUAAUUCAAAUGAAGCAUCAUCAUCAUUGAGUUUUGUAUCAUCUCAAUUAUCAAAUGCUUCAAGUAAUAAUCACAACAUAACUUCCUCAACCAACAAUGAACAUGUGGCAAUGGCAAAUACUGAAAUUGUGAGUUUGAAUAAGCUCAGUGGAAGCCUUGAGAAGUUAUUGAGUGAUGUUGAUUAUGAUUAUUGUGAUGCUGAGAUUCUUGUUGAAGAAAUCCCGGUCGGUAUUCAUCGAUGUAUACUGGCUUCACGAAGUCAAUUUUUUCAUGAACUUUUUAAGAAAGGAAAAGAUGGAGAAGUUAAGGAUGGAAAGGGAAAGCCAAGGUAUCUCAUGAAAGAAUUGGUGCCUUAUGGUAGUGUUGGAUAUGAAGCUUUCAUUGUUUUCUUGCAUUAUUUGUAUACUGGAAAGUUAAAGGCUCCACCACCAGAAGUGACAACAUGUGUUGAUGAAGCGUGUAUUCAUGAUUCAUGUCGUCCUGCUAUUAACUUUGCUUUGGAACUUAUGUAUGCUUCUUCCACUUUUCAGAUGAAAGAGCUCGCUUUAGUUUUUCAGAGGUGUCUCCUAAAUUAUGUUGACAAGGCUCUUGUAGAAGAUGUCAUUCCAAUUCUAAUGGCUGCACAUCACUGCAAACAAGACCAACUUCUCUCUCAUUGCAUUCAGAGAGUAGCAAGGUCUGACAUGGAAAUCAUAUAUUUGGAAAGAGAACUUCCUCAUGAAGUUGUGACUGAAAUCAAAUCCCUCCGAGUCCAAUCUCUGCCGGAAUCAACACCGGAUUCAAUGGAAGUGGAACCUGUGAUUGUGAGUGAUAAGAGUAUCAGGAAAAUCCUUAAGGCAUUGGACUCUGAUGACGUCGAGUUACUGAAGCUUCUUUUAGACGAAUCUAGUGUGACUCUUGAUGAUGCCUAUGCACUGCACUAUGCUUGUGCAUAUUGUGAUUCUAAGGUUGUUCAAGAAGUUCUUACACUUGGAUUGGCUGAUAUUCUCCUUAAAAAUCCUCGCGGAUACACGGUUCUUCAUGUUGCCGCAAGACGAAAGGAUCCAUCCAUUUUGGUUGCACUAUUGAAAAACGGAGCUUGUGCAUCAGAAACCACUCUUGAUGGACAAACUGCUCUUUCAAUUUGUCAGAGAUUGACAAGGCGAAAGGAUUAUCAUGAGAAAACGGCGACGGGGAAGGAGUCUCACAAGGAUAGGCUUUGUGUUGAUGUACUUGAGAGAGAGAUGAGAAGAAGUUCCAUGUCAGUGAACAUGGAAGUUUUGUCACAAUUAACUGCUGAUGAUUUACACAUGAGACUGGAUUACCUUGAAAAUAGAGUUGCAUUUGCUACGCUGUUCUAUCCUGCUGAGGCUAGGGUAGCCAUAGAGAAUGCUGGGGCAGAUUCAACACCACGCUAUGCAAGUUCAACAGCUUUGAAGGGCAAUAUAAAAGAAGUAGAUCUAAAUGAAACUCCUUCUGUUAGAACAAGAAAACUCCAAUUAAGAUUACAAUCCCUUUUAAAAAUAGUUGAGAAUGGUAGGCGUUUUUUUCCGCAUUGUUCUGAAGUGCUUGAUAAGUAUCUAGACGAUGAUAUGCCGGAUGUUUUUGUCCUAGAGAAGGGAACGGAAGAAGAGCAGAGAGCAAAGAAAGCGCGGUUCAUGGAACUUAAAGAUGAGGUGCAGAAGGCAUUUCACAAGGAUAUGGCUGAAAAUAACCAAUCAGGUUUUUCAUCUGCAUUGUCGUCUACAUCAUCGUCAGCCCGUAGGGAAAGUCUUAACCACAAAGUGAGGAGAAAAUGAAGUCCAUUUUGUUCAAGAGUAGUUGCUAUAUAAGUUUUGGCCUUUUGAUGUAAUGUUGUAACUUGCAAGUAGCCAACAGUAGCAUGUUUUGCUAAUAAGAUGCUAUGUUACUUUAGUUGUUUUACAAAUGCACAUGAGAUAUUUUUACUAAGUCAAUGUACUUGCUUAUAAUCAUGUAAUAUAAUUAAGGAAUUUUAUUACCUAGAAACUAUGUCACACAAUUUUAGUUGCAAUUGGAUAUAAUUAGGAAUUUGCUUUGUAA